UCGAGAUGGAGCGCGGAAUGUGUACUUGGAUUGCGUGCAUGCACGGUGUGCUGAUUCUGGUAGGAGAUACGAAAGCCGCCUCCACAGUAUAUGCUCAUCUUGGAGAAACUGCCACAUUGUCAUGGGACCUCCCCCAGCCUGGACUGGAGACGUUCAUGGUCAACAAUACAUAUUGGAAUCAGGAGGUAUUUCGCGUCACCAACUACCGCACAGUAACCGUGAUGAACAGACAACCAAGAGUGAAAAUGGAAUUUGUGGGCGCCAUUACUGCGUCUGGAACUGGUGUGUUCAGCUUCAUGCUGCAUGACGUGACCUGGUCCGAUGCAGGACACUACAGAUGUUACAGAAACCCAUCAAACCCUACAGCUGCUGAGGUUCCUGGCUGUGGUCAGACGCUUGUCGUAUUUGAUUUCCUACAGCCGUACAUCUCAGCACCAGACACACUUCACUUGGACAGGAGUGUUGACUUGUCCUGCUACAGUUUCACUUAUCCUGAUGAUAGUGUAAACGUGUCCAUUAACUGGAGGAGGAAUGGUUUCCUAGUAGAAGACACCUCCAAAUACAACAUAACACAGGAGAGUCGUGCAUGGGGCUGGUGGAAAAGAUACCACAGAAGUAUCUUCACUGUCAGUGACGUCAGGGCAGCAAAGGGAGAUAACUUCCAGUGUCAGGCUGUAGCAGGACAGAGGACAGUGUCACAAUGGAGUGAAGAGUAUGCACUGGUUGAACAAUCCGGGCCUUAUGCCAACUCCACAGUGGUUCGUGAAGGACACAAUGCUUUUAUUACUUGGAAGAUGCCGUUGGUUGAGGACGUAUUCUAUGUAUAUGCCCCUAAACAUAUACUACUCCUGGAAAUAAACCCUACUAAAGUCUACAUCUCGGAUGCCUACUGGUCGAGAAUCAAGAUAAGGAAGAUAACAACAUCAGCUGAUUAUGUCGUCAUCCAGUUCUGGCUACACAGUACAACAUCAGAGGAUGCGGGAAGAUACUACUGUUACAAGAAGAAUCAGGUUGAGAGCGUUCGCGAUUGUUCUCAUAUUUUGUAUGUACAAGGAAAACCAGCCAAACCCAACAUCAGUGUCACUGUCAGCACAGACAAGAUCGUUUUUACGUGCGAAACCAACUCUUCCAGUUUACCUCAUGACCAUAAUAUUUCAAUGAUAUACACGUGGCUCAGAAACGGACACGCGGUUGAGAAUGGGGGAAGGUACCACUUCUCAGGACACACAUUGGCUGUGACAGAUGUAAGGCAGGAGGACCUGGGCAACUAUUCAUGCCAGGCUACAGAGGAACAAGGCCUGGCUUCAGACUGGAGUGAUACAGUCGCUCCCGAGAUGCUGCCAAAACCUGAAGUUCAAGAACUAACAGUGAAUGGAACAGCACACAAAACUGUGAAAGACAAUCAAGUUGUCGUCUUCAGGUGUACAGUUGAGGGUUAUCCAUCCCAGGUUGUAUAUCUCAUUCAGGAAAGCAGCUCGGCAACAGUAAAUAUGUCCAGAAAACAACGGAAUGUGUAUGAACAUGCUAUGGUUGUAAGGAAGUGUUCCCAACUUGGAAUGUAUUUUUGUAGCACCACAAGUGUUGCUGGCACAGUAGAAGAGAAACAACAUGCAGUUGUCUUGAACGGAAUGCCACAACAACAAGCAUCAAAUGUUUUUGUAACCUACGGAAAACCUCCAUCAGUCACAAUCAGUCUUACACUGUGUUCAUACCCAGGACCUUCAAAAACAAAAUGGCGUUUCACACAGUCUGGAAAUCUAAGAGACAUCACUGACAUGACAAAGUAUCAUCUGGCAUCCAAGAAUAAAAAACACAAUGUGUUUGACUAUUCGCUUGUAAUUAAUAAUAUCGGCGAUGGAGACUUCGGGGCAUAUAUAUUCAGUGUUGGGUAUAAUGAGACAACAUUCGAUUUCUUCAUUCCUGCAUGCAAACCAUUAGAGGCGAGCCUUCCUCUUGUUGUUGGCUGUUCUGUUGGGGCUGUGAUUAUAACCAUCGUCGUAACUGCUGGUGUGAUACUUUCACGUCUCAAACAGUUCAGAGACUACUGGAAUUUACAGUUACGCCGAUCGUACAUCACACCAAUGCAAAAUGUGCCAGAAAAUAUCGAAUAUCGGGGAUAUGCUGAAAUUGACGAUGCUGGUAUAUCUGAACAUGACACUGAUAACACUAUGCAUCCUGUUGUUACUAUCCCGGUUGAUGACAACAUUCCAUCUGCAUCUGGUUCAAGACACGUGAGAGGAAUAGAAACUAUAGAACUAAGCUCAGGGAGAGCGGAUGGGGUUGAGGAUGGAGAAUAUGAAGAAGUGAGACCACUGCAGACUACCAGCUGUGAGGCACGAGAUGAACAAGAAACGAGUGCUCAAAUGCAGCAACAUGACAACAUUGAGGAAGUCUUUAAAAGUGAGAUGAUCAUGUCGGUGCCUGGCUCCAGCCCUCAUUCAGCAUCCAGUAUUGAUGUUACAGAUGUAUCGGCUGAGGGAAGAGAAUCUGGAAAUAUGGUAGCAGGGAUUAUUACUGUGUUUGCAGAAACAAGUCUUAUUACCCAUGAAGCUAAUGAAACAGUGAAUGCUCCUGUCAUUAAUGUCGGUAUGGAACAGUUACCUGCGACCAUGGAAAUGUAUUCUGUUAUGAAGAUGGAAGCAAACACUACAGUAGCGGAUGAGACCUUAAUGGAAGGAAGAGAGGAUGCUGCUGACAUUGCACCAGAUGGAUUAACUAACAACAGAUAUGACAGUCUGAUGCCACACCCUCCUCUGGUUAGUUACACAGCUUUGGAAACUGUUGGUGAUAUAAUGUAUGAUUAGUACUUCGCAUUUCGGCGGAUCGGGUGGCCCAGUCGUCUGAGGUGCCGCAAUUGUCACUAGAAACCUGUGGUAGUGGGUUCGAAUCCCGGUUCGCCCCGAUUAUGUUUCUAGGUAAAGCUGUGCUCGUGGUUUUCACCAAAGUUCCGAUGCCCACAUCACUUCGGGCUUUCCUCCCAUAUUAAGCUGAUAUAACUGGAAUACUGUUAAAAGGUGCAUUAAAAAAACUCACUCAAUCUGCCUAUAAUUCCAAAUACGACGUACUGAAAGUUGAGUUGUUUAGCAUAAUAAUGAACACUUUCAUACCCCAUUGCCCUCUUGUUAAAUAACUCUGGUGGUAAUCUUAAAAUUGUGAAAUUGAUAAUGUUGCCCUGAUUAGAAUGUUGAAUAGUUCUGUGCCAUCACAUAAUUUCCAGAAUAAAAAGUUGAUUUGUAUGUAGCCAGGUAUAUGUACCGCAUCUCCAUAACGUGAACUCUAAGAGCGGUAAGGCUCUGUUUGUUGUGUAAUAUAUGGUUCCAUAAAGGUUUCCCUUUUGAGGAACCAGUUUUACAGUUGUAAACCUGUAAAUAGUUAAUUUAGCUUUGCUACUGGCAUCGGGUAUUCCUUCUGAUUACGGGAAAUUGCGGAUAAACCAACACGUUUCGUUAAAGAGGCUAUUUAGUUGCUUUUGUGUACAUUACACAAGUUAUUUUGAUGUGUUGAUUGACAUGAUACUAUUUGGAUUUGCUUAAGCAUCAUUUAUGUAAGUUACAUCUUUUGCAAAACUAAAUUCAAUAAACAUAUAUGCAACCACAUGAUUUCUUGAUAUGUACGUGUAUAGUUGUGUAAAUAUUUGUCAUGCCUAGGGGUCUUUGCUCUGAACUUAAAACGCUUUGAUUAAUCAUACUUAUAUACAUAUGUUACAUGACUGUUCCGUUGGAUUCGUUUCCAAAAUAGUUAACCAUGGAGGCAAUGUACAACUGACGUUGAAGUAUAUCACAGAUGUCGAGAAUAUCACCAAACGUUUACAUAUCACCUCUAAUUUGAAAAAAGUAUGCUUGUUCACCGAAACCACAUGCAAUGAUUGCUUCUGGAAACUAUCAUACAGUAUGAAAAUAUAUUGUUUUUUAGAUCUCGAAAACGUUGAACGUAUGUAGUAGCACUGAGAAUUAAGCAUCACAUUUGGUUGACUUGGUAAAAUGUGUAUAUUGUCAGGGUAAUGGACCUCACACAAAAGUCCGAUUUGGCUUUUUUUGAUCGCACACAAAUGUCACACAAGGUAUUAAUGAUUCAUAGUUGAGGUAAAAUGUUGCCUGUUAUGUUUUAGAGUGUUUUUUGUUUUUGAGUACACUUAAUUAAUAUCCUCGAUUCAGAUAAAAUCAGUAACUGGCGUCAACAAGACGGUACAGUUCAUUGUAUCCUCAGUUGUACUUUUUGCAUUUUAAGAAUAAAAUGUACAAAUACAUGUCUUUUUUUAUUCAAGUAUUACCAAGUGUAAUUGACAUUCUACAUUUUGUAGCUUGGAUAGUUAACAUUACACCCAAAGCAUUACUGGGUAGUCAUGGUUUUGUUCAAUGAUUACGCCUAACCUCGCUGUGUAAAUGCGCACCAAAAUACACAAUGCCUCUGGUGAGCCACGUGGGAGGCUUUUUGUGCGAUUUAUGCGAUUGUACUAAAUUCGUCAAAAAGCCAAAUACAAAUUUACUGCAUUUACAAUAAGUUUCUGGAUUAAUGCUACCUCUUUGCCGAAUAUUACAGAAAUAAAUUCGAUCGAAAAAGA